AUGCACGCAUGCUCCGCCCAGUGGAGGCACCUGUAUCUGACACAGCAGCUGAUGUUCAUCAUACUCAGCCCCGAAGAGGACAGAGGGUUACAGGUGAUGCAACGGAAAGCCGCAAGCCAUGUUUUCGGUGUGGGGGACCUCAUGCUCCACAAAGCUGCCGGUUCAGCACUGCAGUAUGCCACUUCUGUAAAAAAAGAGGCCACAUUGCUCGUGUUUGCACAUGCAAAUGCACCCUCUGCGGCUACACAUGUAGUUGAAGUGCAGCCUCAGCAAACUGAUUAUCCAGGUAUGGAAACUGAGGGUAAUUAUCUUAUCAACUGUGUGACUGAGCAUGAAAUACCUCAGAAGAAAGUGCCAUACCAUGCCACCGUCACAAUCAACAGUAGGAAACUGAAAAUGGAAGUGGACUCUGGAGCCGCUUGUUCAUUGAUAAGUGAAGACACAUUUCAUUUCCUCUGGCCUGAAGGAACCCCUCAAUUAAUCAGCGACGACCGUGUUCUGAAACAGUGGUCGAGUGCACCCCUCAGCGUGUUAGGUAAGGUGCUUGUUGACGUGAAAUACCAGAAGACGGAGUGCACCUUGCCCUUGCUGGUGAUUCAAGGUUGCGGGACCAGUUUGCUUGGACGUGACUGGUUUGGCGCCUUGGGCAUAGAGGUUACAGGUGUGUACCAGGUCCGCCAGCAGUCCACAGCGGCUAUAUUGGCAAAGCAUGCUGAAGUUUUUGCUGAGGAGCUUGGGGCUUGUCGGGGUCCUCCUGUCUCAAUUGAAGUGGAUCCUAACACAGCACCCAAGUUUUUCAAAGCUCGUCCGGUGUCUUUUGCAUUGCGGUCAAAGGUAGACAAGGCUUUAGAUCGCUUAGUCGAGCAAGGUGUGUUCAUGCCAGUGAAACACUCCAGGUGGGCCACUCCGAUAGUACCAGUCACAAAAAAGGAUGGUAGCCUUGGGCUGUGUGGCGACUAUCGUUGCACCGUGAACACAGCUGUUAAGCCAGAUGUCUACCCACUACCCACUGUGAGUGAGCUCUUUGCAGCUCUGGCCGGUGGUACGGUUUUCACGAAACUGGAUCUGAAACAAGCGUACCAACAGCUCCUGUUGGACGAUGACGCAGCGGAAUUACUGACCAUCAACACACAUCGUGGUCUGCUCCGUGCCUUGCGCUUACAGUUUGGAGUGUGUACAGCUGUUUCCAUCUUUCAACGAUUUAUGGACACGCUACUAGCCGGUAUUCCAGGAGUGAAGCCUUACCUUGACACACUCAUUGCAGGCCGGACACAAGACGAGCAUGAUGCACGCCUUGAUGAGGUGCUAUGCCGUUUUGCCAAGAGCGGGUUGCGGCUCCAAAAAGAAAAAUGCAGCUUUGCAGUCCCUGAAGUGGAAUACCUCGGAUUUCGGGUGACAAAAGAUGGAAUAAGUCCAACGGGUGAGAAGGUGGCGGCCAUACGGAACGCUCCAACGCCAAGCAACAAGACCGAGCUCCAGGCCUUCCUGGGUUUGCUGAAUUUUUACAACUGUUUCCUCCCCAAUAAGGCCACUGUCCUUGAGCCGCUGCACCGCUUACUGGACAAGUCGGCAGCAUGGAGAUGGACCGAAGAGCAUACAACAGCCUAUGUGCAAGCUAAGCUGCUGCUGCAGGCUGAUGACAUCCUUGCACAUUAUGAUGAAAAGAAGCCACUUGUGCUGGUGUGCGAUGCCUCGCCCUAUGGGCUUGGGGCACUGAUGAGUCAUGUUGAGCCAGAUGGCCGGGAAGCACCUGUGUGUUUCGCCUCACGCACCCUGACCUCAACAGAACGAAAUUAUGCCCAAAUUGACAAGGAGGCACUAGCUGUUGUCUUUGCUGUCAAAAAAUUCCACCAAUACUUGUCUGGCCGGUCAUUUGUGGUCCACAUAGAUCAUAAGCCUUUGCUCGGAUUGCUGCAUCACUCCAAGCCGAUGCCCCAGGUCCUCUCCCCUCGCAUGCUGCGGUGGAGCCUGAUUGUGGGCGCCUACCAGUAUGAGCUGUGUUACCGGCCUGGCAGGCAGAUGGCCAAUGCAGACGCCCUCAGCCGCUUGCCGUUGCCUUCGGCAACUACAGAAAUUCCACAGCCGCUUGAGGUCUUACUGCUAGAGGCUGUCCCAGACGGUCCGGUGCAUGCUGAGAAGAUAGCAGCCCUCACGGUGAAAGACCCUGUCCUCUCCCGUGUGUUGAGGUGGAUCUUGCAGGGCUGGCCAGAUGGAAACAGUGACAAGCGUUUCAGUCCUUUUUUCUCGCGCCGCCAUGAAAUGUCUGCUCACAAGAACUGUGUGCUCUGGGGCAAUCGGGUGGUGGUUCCAGUACUGGCAAGGGAGGAGGUGCUGGCACGACUCCAUGACGCACAUCCCGACAUUGUGCGCAUGAAAGGUCUUGCACGCAGCUACGUGUGGUGGCCGGGCAUAGAUGCUCAGGUGGAGGAGGUGGUGAAGAGUUGUUCUGCAUGCCAGAUGUCACGACAUAACCCUCCGAGAGCACCUGUGCAUCCCUGGGAGUGGAGCUCAGGGAAGUGGUCCCGACUUCAUGUCGACUUCGCUGGCCCAUUCCAGGGGAAGGUCUUCCUUAUUGUGGUGGACUCACAUUCAAAGUGGUUGGAGGUGGUGUCGAUGAGUUCCAUGUCAUCUGCUGCAGUGAUCAUCACACUGCACCAGCUGCUGGCAACCCACGGCUUGCUUGAUGUAAUUGUGUCGGACAACGGCACAGCUUUUACCUCGGCGGAAUUCAAGGGAUUCAUGGAAAGAAACGGCAUCAGGCAUGUAACGGUGGCGCCCUACCACCCCUCAUCCAAUGGGCAAGCGGAACGUAUGGUGCAAACAACGAAGGAGGCAUUAGGAAGAAUUCGCCGCCUCACCACGGCCCUUGAUCGCCUUCACCCAGAUUUUGGGGCAGAAAUGCAAGAAAAACAAGAAAAGGCUGCAAGUAAAAGUCAAGGUACGUUGCGGCAGUUCACGGAAAGAGAGGCUGUACAUAUGCGACACUAUGGAGGAGGCCCAAAAUGGGUACUGGGAGCAGUCGUGGAGGCUACAGGACCACUGUCGUACAGAGUACAAACAGCAGAUAGCCAAGUGCACAGACACCAUGUGGACCAGCUCAGGGGACGGAUGUCCCCAGCUCCUGAUGCAGCACCUGUUGCUGCCAGUGGUGUACUGGUACGGCCCUUGGAAUACUACCCCACAAGCUUGCCAGUGUCAGACCUCACGCAGGUUGAGGCUACUCAAGAAAAGACUCAGCCCAUGCCGCAGGCGCCCCCCAGUUCUCCAGCUGUGGCUGAUUUCCCAGUUCUCCCUGCUCAACCCCAAUGGCCAACCCGCCAGCGAGUUCUUCCUCGGCGCUUUCAGGACUAA